AUGGCAAAUGGAAGUACAACUGAGAAAACAAGCACUGAAGAUGGAACUUCGAGUCAAGCUGUAUUUCCAGUAAUUGAUCACAAUCAUCCAUUAUUUCUUCAACACACUGAUACUCCAGGUAUUUCUCUGAUUUUUCUUCAGUUAAUUGGUUCAGAAAACUAUGCCUUGUGGAGUAGACCUUUUAGGAUUGGCCUGGGGACUAUAUAUGUUGCUGACUAUCAUUCUAUGCUAAGAGAUCUUUGGGAUGAAUAUGAUCCUCUUAUGCCUUGUCGUAGUUGUCCCUGUCCAGAGCCAAAGAAAUUUGGUGAACACUAUGACUAUCAAAGACUCUUGCAGUUCCUUAUUGGACUAAAUGAGUCAUACUCAACUCCUAGGAGUCAGAUUCUCAUGAUGAGUACAAUUCCAACACUUAACAAGGCUUAUGCUCUUCUUAUUGACCAAGAGAGUCAGAGAAAUCUUGCUAGUUCUGCUUCCAAUAGCUCAGGGGUGACAGAAGGAACAACAACGUAUACUCAUAGAAGUAACACCUAG